AUGUCUUCAUUGCUUAAAGCUGUUACUGAAUUUCAAGGUGAACAUGAAGGUGAUCUGCCAUUUAAAUGUGGUGAUUUGAUAUGUAUACUAGAAGAGGUAGAUAGUAAUUGGUGGAAAGGCAAAUUAGGUGAAAACAUUGGAAUUUUCCCUGUUAGUUUCACUCGAGAAAUAUCCUCCCAAUUUAUUGCUACUGAUGAUUUCCGUGGCGAUGUUGGUGGCGAUUUACCCUUCACACGAGGGGAUGUCAUUACUGUUACGGAACAGAUCGACGAGAAUUGGUAUCGAGGCGAAAUGGAUGGACGUCAUGGUAUAUUUCCUUCAUCGUUUGUAGCUGAAAGCUUUCAACAACCUACUGCUACAACUGAUUACCAUGACGAUUCUUACAAUAAUAACGAUUACACUAUCACACCUUCAACACCGACUAUAUCUAAGGUGGACAAUAAUGAUGACACCAAUGUACAAACCAAAGACUCCAGCUUACCACAUGCCACAGAAUCGACUAGUAGUCCUCAAUUAAAAGUCAAGAAACCUCCUAUUUCACCCAAACCCAAGAUCGAUCCCAUCCUAUUGCAAAAUAAACGUUUAAAUAAAUCCUACAGUGAAAGUAGAGUCAAAAAGCAAUUCGCUCCUCCUGUACCGACACCUCAUCAACAACUAGCAUCAACUACAUCCGUUAUUACGGAGGGCUCUACGAGCAUAUCGAUCCAGUCUUCUGCAACUGCAUCAACACUAAAUACUGAAAGCACUAAUAAAGUUAAGCGACAUGCACCACCUAUUCCUGAACCAAGGAGUAAAUCAAGUAGUGUAAUUGGUCUUUCAGGAACAUUGUAUGAAGACGGUAAACCUCGUACUCCACCACCUCUGAAACCAAAACCAAAGAUUACAUCUUCUCAGUUACUCAAACUAGAUUCAAAAGUGUCCAAAUCUCAAUCAUUCAAUCAUGGCAUUAAGCAAGAUAAUCAAAAUUUAAGUACUAAUCUUAGUGAAGACAAUGAUACGGUUGCAACCAAUUUACAAACCCAUCAAGACAGCAGUCCAGCAAAUUCUAGGGUGCCGACACAAAGCUCUUCACAAAAUAUCCUGUCUAAAUCAGAUCAUGAUGACCAUCAAAAUGUAGAUCGGAAGAGCUCAGAAUCUGAAGCUCGUGCAAAUGAUAUUAACACUACUAAAGAAGGAUCUGAUAGCUUAGCUUCUUUAUGGCAAAGUUGGGAAAGUGGUAACAUUGGUGCAAGUAAACCUAAAAAGAAGGAAAGGGUUCCUAUGAUUCAAGCUGAAAGAUUUAGAUCACAUACCAUUGCAACAACUUCUAUUGCUGAAGUUGAUCCUGCAGGUAAAAUCGAUAUUAUAAGUUCUGGUCUUUCCAUGAACACCACGUUGUCAGCAUCAUCCGCAGCUAGGAGUGCUUUCAGUCGUUCGAGCCAGGCUUCUAUAAUGGGUUCCAGAAAUUCUACUGUAGCUAGUAACCAACAAUUGGAAACUAUUGUGGAUAGUGAUAACGAGUCUUUGCAAGUUGGCAAAGUCCUUGAGGAAAUCCCUGAGGAAAUUUCGUCUGAAAAAUAUACCGAGGACAAUGCUAAGGUGUCCUCGGAUUCGGCUUAUUUCGUACCUUCUGUUGACAAUUCCAACAUGACUGUUGCACAUACCACAGAUGUAAAAUCUACUUCUCAUAUGAAAACGGAUAAUGAAGAUCAUGUAUAUGAAAGCUUCGACAUGGAUUACGGCAAUAACGAUAGCUCCGAUGAUUCCUUUGUUGAUGCAUAUGAUUUUAUUUAUAACUCUCAUGAAGAGAUCAAAUCUGACAGUUUUGAGAAUAUUUAUGAAGAUGUAAAUAUAGAAUCCAUAAUGGAUGAUAGCAAUGCAGAAGAAGAAACAGAAUGCGAAACUAUCGAUAGUGUUUUAGAUAAAAUAAGUCACCUAGAAAAGGAGUACGAUAUUACAAAUGAAAAAUAUGAACAACUCUGUAGCAUAUGUCAGGAUGGUGAUAACUCAGAUGCUACUGCAAUCGAAGUUCGGAAUACCUAUGAUCAAUUGACAGAUUUAUAUAACAAACUUGGAGAGCAACAUGAGAAACUAGAUAAGUUAAAGAAAGAAGAAGCUGAACUUAGGGAAGCGAAAUUAAAGAAGCAUGGAAAAGUCGUUGAUGAACUAAUAUCUACUGAAGAAUCAUUUCUCCGUGACAUAAAAAUAUUGCUGAAUGAAGUAUUUGAGCCAUUGAAGGCAAAAUCUCUAAAAGAAGUUAAUUAUGUGGUGUUAUUUAACAAUCUUGACGACGUAAUCGAGUUUGCAGAAGAAUUAUUCGCCGGGCUUAAAGAUGCGCAAGCUUCUGCCAAUAUCGAUAAUAAUAUAGCGCAUUGCUUUAUUGCACAUGCUGAGAGAAUGGGAGAUGUUUAUUCGCGGUACUGCAAAAAUUACCCUGAUUCUAUUGGUAUUUUAGAAAAAUAUAUGGAGGAUGAAGAUUUAUCGAAACAUUUCGAUGAAUUAUUGGAUAAUGCAAGGCAAUACGUAAACUGUCUGAGCUUGGAAUCGUUAUUGAUAAAACCUGUUCAAAGAGUGUUAAAAUAUCCUCUCUUGGUUGGCGAGCUGAUUCAAACGUUGCCUGAAAAUGAAGGUGCAGAUAAAGAAGUUUUGGGAAUUUCCCUGCAAACUAUUAAAUCAGUGGCUAAGAAAAUUAACGAGAAGAAAAGGCAGAAGGAAUUAGUUCAAAAGUAUCAGAGUGGAACUGGGAUUGAAUACGGUUCAUAUAGCAAACUUCCGCAUUCUAUAAGGAAGAAAGCUGUUCGUGUUGGAAUGAGAAUGAUCCAGAAAACUGGACUUGUUUAUCAGACCAAUGAUGGUGUGUAUAAUGAAGAAGUUAGAAUACUCAAAGAAUUGGAAAAUUAUAUAAGAAGAUUUGUGCGAUCUAUUAAAAGUUAUCUGUCGCGAAUGAAGGAAAGCUCUGAAGCUUGCAAUUCAUUUUGUAAGACUAUAAGCAACUUAUAUGAAGGUGAUAUUGAAUCAUCCUUAUAUAAGCAGCUAAUAGCCGCUUUAAAAGAAUUCUCUGAUGUGCUAUCCCCAGAGAAUGUUUCAUAUAUAAAAAAAAGAGUCAUUCAUACCUUAAACGAAAUAUUGGCUCAGUUUAGCAAUCCGCAGAAAUUGAUUAAGAAAUGCGCUGAUAAAAAGUUAGAUUUUGACAAUCUUUUACCGAAAAUAGAAAAGACUAAGGAUGCUGAUAAGCUGAAAACGAUCAAAGCCCAACUCGAAACAGCAGAAGCCGAUUAUAACGCUCUCAAAUCUCACCUACUGGAAGAAUUACCCCGUUUUACUAGCAAGGUCGUCGAAGCUGUUAAUAUAGCUGUUGCAUGCUAUAUAUGGUCUAAUAAACAAUUAGCAAAAAAGAUGAAGGAAUUGCAUGAAAUGGUCCUAGCAUUGCCUUCGUUUGGUGGUAGUGAUCAGAUUGUAAAUGAGUAUGUGUAUAGGGCAACUCCAACAAUUGAACGUUUGAGUUAUUUAAGCUUCGUACCUGGUAGUUUUGUUCCCACUCUAUCUCGUAGUUAUCUGACGAAUACUAAAGUAGCGAACUCCAGGAUCCUAAAACUAUUUUUAAUAUUUCUAUAUAUGAAGAAAUACGUAAGAAGAUCGCAAACCUUUUCUUGA